UGUACUGCUGUGUAUCAUGCAGGAGAAGCUUCGAGGUGGGCAACCCAAACUCCCGCAUCCGAAGGCACUGCAGCCGGAUAUGUCGUGAAGGGUGACUACAUAAGGCAAACACGGUGGUGUCCAUGAGUCGCGGGGCGGGACAAAGGGGCCUUCGACCCACGGACGCUCAUACCAACACUCGCCGUAGCGACACGGGGCAUUCAAUACUGGACAUGGCCGCUGCGCAGGGAUAUACCGAGGCCAUGAAGACGAUCCUCGCACGCGGCGCCGAUGUUAACUCCGCCACACCGGACGGCAGAACGGCUCUACACUGCGCUUCGUUCUGGGAUCAGGCGGGCGCCGUGGAACUUCUGGUUGCGUCUGGAGCUCGUCUGGAAGCUUCAGACGGCCGGGGGUGUACCCCGCUGCAUGUAGCGGCUGAGAAUGGCGCAACGACUGCCAUUUGA